AUGGCUAGAACACGAAAAGUUGCUAAGAAAAAAAAUGAUGCUUCAAGAUCAAAUGAAACAAAUAAUUCGGUUGAAGAUAAGCGACAAGCCACAAAUAUAGAAGUUACAGUAAAUAAAAGAAAAAAGGUUUCAAAUCGUAUUAAUGUAAAAAAGAGUAGAGGAUAUGAAGAACCUAAUGAUGAGCCUUCUCUAAGAUCAGCUGAAGAUCAUGAGGCACAAGCUAUGAAUAUGGAAGUUACAGCAAAUAACGAUAAAGAAAAAAAAUCUUCCAAUCGUACUAACAUGACAAAGAGAAUAGAAAUCGAACCGAAUUGGAUUAAUAGUGAUAAUAAGAUAAUUCAACCAUCAAGUAUCCCGUCCGCUUUAAUUAGUUACGACCUGCUAUCUAAAAAUAUCGUACAACAAAUAGAACAAAUAUCAAAAGCUUUAUCGUCAUCCUCAUUAAUUAAAAGCUCUUUGUCUUAUAAUAAAUGGCCAAUUGCAUCUAAAGCUUCAUCUUUUUCAGAUAGAAGUGAUUUUCCUGAAA